AUGAGCAAAGGGUAUGAAUAUAUUGAGUUGACUCCGUAUCUAGAGUCUCCGAGUUGGGUAACCUCCACAAAUUCAAAUCCACAACGAUGGAAUUUUACUGAAUCUCAAUUGCAGCUUAUCCUUUUGCGAUUAGGUGUUAUCAGUGAUGAAAUUUAUGGCACGGACUUUGCAUUAUCCCAAGCGCAUUUGUCAGAGGAAACCAAAUAUAUGAUUACCAAAAUAAAUGAAUUAUCGAUUUCUGAUGCUAUUGAGAUAGUACGUGACGCUUUGGCUGAACAUAGUGGGGAUGUCAAUUUCCUUCGAGAAGAUUACCAAUUACUUGAGAGGUUGGUUAGUAUGAUCCCUGCGAAUCCAGAAGCUGGAGAACCUAAACAUGAAUCUUCGGAGAAUUUUGUGAAUGUGUUCAAGAACAAAACUUAUUUAAAUGUAAUUGAUUGGUCGCUUCAAAUUCGAUUAGAAGCUGCAUUAAUUCAUUUUCAUUCACCAUACCCUGAAAUACGUGCCAUAACUGAACCGUUUGAUGAUCCGGAAAUACCGGUGGAGACCUUCCGUGUCUAUUUUAUAGGACUAUUUUGGACAUUUAUUGGUUCCAUUAUAAAUGUUUUUUUUGUUCAUAGAAUGCCUAGCAUUUCACUUAGUUCUCAUACCAUCCAAAUAUUGUUGUUGCCAAGUGGGAAACUAUGGGAAAAGUUUGUCCCUAACAAGACAAUCAGAAUCGGAAAGUACUCAAUAGAUUUAAACCCUGGUCCCUGGACGUACAAGGAAAUGAUGUUGAGUACAAUCAUAUACCUGUGUUCUGCAGGUACACCAUAUCUGGUCUACAACAUCGUUGUCAUGAAACUUGACAGAUUCUAUGGGCUAAAAUGGGUGACAUACACAUUUCAAUUUUUGUUAGCAAUUUCAACUCAGUUUCUCGGAUUUGGUUUUGCAUUAAUCAUGAAGAAGGUAUGUGUUUAUCCAAGUAAGGCUCUUUGGCCAACUAUAUUACCUACUAUUGCACUCAAUAAGGCAUUGAUGAAUGAAGAUGAAAACAAUGUUGUGCAUGGUUGGUCUAUUUCCAGAUACUCCUUUUUCAUGGUGGUGUUCUUCUUUAGUUUUGUCUAUAAUUGGAUUCCAACGUACUUUUUCACGGCUUUGUCACUUUUUAACUGGCCAACCUGGUUUAACCCCUCCCUGAUUCACUUAACAAAUGUGGCUGGUUCCAUAAAUGGGUUGGGAUUGAAUCCACUUCCUUCGUUUGACUGGAAUAUCCUUGGUUCCGCUGGUUGUUUGACUGUUCCGUUUUAUACCUACGCAAACAGAUAUCUUGGAUCUCUUAUGGGUUUUGUCGUGAUUUUGAUUGUUUAUUACACUAAUAAUAACUGGACUGGAUAUCUCCCCAUAAACUCCAAUAGGUUGUUUAAUAAUAAAGCUGAGGUAUACGAUGUGCAUAAGAUAUUAGACGAAAAGAAUUUAUUUGAUGAUGCAAAGUAUCAAGAAGUUGGACCUCCGUACUUUUCUGCAGCCAAUUUGGUAUUGUAUGGUGCCUACUUUUGUCUUUAUCCUUUUGCAAUUCUUUAUCAUUUCAUGACCGAAUGGGAAUCAAUGAAGUCUGGCUUUGUCAAUGUUUGGCAUUCCCUAGUUGAAGCAUUCAAGUUUAGGAAAGAUAACAGUCACGAAAAUAUAUAUGGUAGGUACGCUGAGGAUCCCCAUUGUAAAAUGAUGUCUAAAUACGAAGAUGUUCCAGAUUGGUGGUUUGUUGCAAUAUUGGUAAUUAGUACGGUAUUUGCCCUUGCUGUGGUGCUUUUCUACCCCACCGAAACUCCAAUUUGGGGGAUUUUCUUUACUAUAUUGAUAAACUUUGUGUUUUUAAUUCCGUUAACAUCUAUUGCCUCGGUCACUGGGUUCACAUUUGGAUUGAAUGUUCUUGUGGAGUUGAUUGUCGGGUACGCCAUUCCUAACUCGGGAAUUGCCUUGAUUACUUUAAAGAGCUUUGGGUAUAAUAUUGAUAGUCAAGCCAGUAACUAUAUCACCGAUCAAAAACUUGCCCACUAUGCGAAAAUCCCACCAAAGGCGAUAUUUAAAGGACAGUUGAUAUCUACUAUGCUAAAUGUUGUGGUUGCGUUGGUUGUAACAAACUGGCAAUUGGCUAAUGUUUCUGAUAUCUGCAGUCCCCAUCAAAAGGAUAAGUUGAAAUGUCCUGGAGCCAACACUUACUUUUUCUCUAGUAUUCAAUAUGGUGAAAUCGGACCUGCUAAAGUGUUUAGUGGCUUGUACCCUAUUCUCAAGUGGUGUUUCCUCUUGGGUACCUUAUUAGUAUUCCCUUGUGUUUGGUUUAAGAACAAUGGGCCAAAAAAACUCACAAGAUACUUUCAGCCAACAGUCAUAAUUGGUGGGUUCUUGGACUAUGCACCUUACAAUUUACUGUACCUUACCGGAGGACUUUAUCUCUCAUACAUCUUCAUGUAUAAAAUCAAAAAGAAUUAUUUGCUUUGGUGGGAAAAGUACAACUAUAUAUUGACAAGUGCCCUUUCUGCUGGUGUUGCAUUCAGUGCACUUUUAAUAUUCUUUACGGUCCAAUUCCACCCCCAUCACUUAGAAUGGUGGGGGAACACAAUCGGAGAACAAGGAAUUGAAGGUGGUGCAUUACCUGAUACUUGGUUGAAUGUUUCGCAGGCUCCAGAUGGCUAUAUAGGUUUACGAAAGGGACAAUUUCCAUAA